CGUGUCUACAACAGGUCUCCACAGUUUUUGAUGCAUUUCAUUGGACAGAGAGCGCGUAUCAUAUACACCGCCCGGCAGAAUAUCUUUCGCGCUCCAUCGCAUCUAUUCCUGGGCACUAUCUACAUAGCACAGCUGAUAUUCCAUUGCUUUGUGCUUUUCGAUUUUAACCAAUCAUAACACGAGAGAACGUAUUGUGACGCGACAUGUCCGCGAAACCGGAAGACGUCGACCUCGAACUCGGCGACGAACCAUACGACUCCGCCGAAGAUGAAGAUUUCGAACUAGACGCAGCGCAAGACGAAGGAUCCGAGUUAUCCUCAGACUCCGAACCCGAGCCCGAUGUAGCUCAACAGCCGGCGAAGAAGAAACGCAAGACAGCACCAAAGGCGAAGAAAGUGACAAAGGAUGGGCAUAAAGAGGAGUUGGAUUCUGGCGACGAAGCGACCAUUCAGAAGGCCAAGGACAGGAAGCAGAGGAAGCAAAAGGGACAACAAGCUAAAGGGAAAGGCGGUGGUGAAGAUGAGGACGAGGAGGAAGAAGAAGAAGUUGACUUUGAUGAUGAGGACGAGGGUGGUACUGGGGGGUUUGUUCGAACGAGGGCCAUGAAGAUGCGGACACAAGAAGAGCGAAAACCACUUGCGAAAAUUGACGGCGCGACAGUCGACGUGAACGCGCUAUGGGAGAAGAUGAACGCCACCGAUCCCAGCACCGUCGCGCUUCCUACACAUACCGAAAAGGUCGACGAUACCCCAGCGCAGGAAGAGCAACCACCCAAAUACCCAGAAGAAAUGGUCAAAAUCAAACGCACUUACAAAUUCGCCGGCGAAAUGAUCACGGAAGAGAAAGUCGUCCCCAAAGACUCCGCCGAAGCAAAGAUAUUCCUCGCCCAAGGCGAGAACGUCGACGCCGUAACAACAGCCGACGUCGAAGCUGCCGCUAACGUCAAAGCCGUCCUCAAGCUCCGCCGACCGCUUCGCAAGGUUUCGCGAUUUGACCCCAACCCGACCGGUGCUAUCAAGAAGAGCUGGGAGAAGCAUCCAGUUGCGGAAGCGACGGAGGACGCACGGGGUCCGAAGAUCAACACUGUCGAGAAGUCGCGGCUGGAUUGGGCUGCGUAUGUGGAUCAGGCUGGGAUCAAGGACGAGCUUACGGUGCACAGCAAAGCGAAGGAGGGAUAUCUUGGUCGGAUGGACUUCUUGGACCGUGUGGAUGCGAAGAAGGAGGAGGAGAGGAGGAAUGUGAGGUUGAGGGGGCUAUAACGGUGUGUCUGAGGUUCACAGUCGCGAUUGCUCGUGCAUGCCGAUAAGGAUCCUGAUCGCUGUACGGGAUGAAAGAGAAGGUCAUCGGGAAGAUGGUCGUAAAGAUCAUGAAGAACUGAAACGUUCUUCCAGUCUCUGGCUUGAUACCGCCAGACCCAAGGCAUCGCUUGUUGGAUGGAGUCAGAAUCGAUACUGCUAGACUAUUGGUCUGCUCCGUACAAGACAUGGCUACACUACGUUGGAAUGAACCCGUUCAACGUACAGGCGCUACCAGGACAUGCCUAGUAUGAUGUCUUAUCUAAUUGAUCUGACGGAAGACUACACUUAU